AUGUGGCAGUCAGAUCCUUUCCAUAAUGAGUUGGUAUCUAUUAUGGAUGAAUUAAUGAUGUCGUUUGAGGAUGAAAUUGACAAAUGUAUGGCGGUCUCAAUCUUUUCCACACAACACAGCACAGACAUUGUCGAUGCAGGAAAGACAGGGGAGUCCAAGUUGGAGGUAAAAGUAAGUGGCUAACUUAACUUUUACAAAUAAAAACUGUUAAAGGAAUAAACCACCCAAAAUCAGUACUUUCUAUGAUUUGCAGUGUUAAAUGACACUAAUACAAUAUGUUUUGUUCACAAAUGUUUAAUUUUUUCGUUAUAACAAGGUUGGUAGCAACGUGAAAAUCUGUUACAGCUCAAGUCGACUACAAAACCCACAAUGCAAUGCUCUCUCUCUGGGCUUGCUAACUAGCAAACGUAGCUAAACACAAUUACCAGCAUGUGAAGUCAAUAUCAGCAUGUGAAGUAGCUAGCUAGCAGUAAAAUCGCAUAAACACACUGCACUAUCAAUUUAGGGGUCUACAAUCUCACCAUGUUCAGCUUGCAGUUCGUCUCUGAGGCAGACAAUGUAAAGUACAGACGUUGCUAUGGCAACAACGUCCGUUUCCCACAGACACAAAGGGCGCAUUGCAUGAUGGUAGCUACUAAUUUGGUACACUGUUUAGAUUGAGCACACCUAAGCUAAAUCAUGACGAUAUAAAUGGAUUGGUGUGUUCAAGACAAGUAUAUACCCUUACCAUCUAUUGGCUGGUUUGGCGAUCUGGAGUGCAGGUCAUUAUUUAAGAGUUAUAAAAUGUGAUAUUAUGUUAUCCUGUAUCUCCAGUGAUGAGAACAUACCACUUAGAAGUUAAAUCAUGGGGGAAAUAGUUAUUUAACCACUCAUAGAACAUAUACUACUAUACUCAAAUUGACAGGAGUUUCAUUUCUGGGGGUGGAUUAUCCCUUUAAUGUAUGAGCUAAUUUGUUUUCUAUCGAUAAUUUAACAGCUUGAAAACAGGUUGUUGUGGAAUGAAAAAUAUAUCUAUAUAUAUUCUCUUAUUCUAGGUCCAGUUGAAAUGUGUGAUGAAACAGUUCGUGACACAGACUAUUAUCAAAAUCAACCACUUGAUCUCCAAAGGUACUGCAGCUCUGCUUUCAAAGAUAUGCCAGAGUCAAAGUGAGGUUAAAUCUCUGAAAAUGAAGCUAUUGGAGAUUACUGACGGCAAGGAGAUACCUGAAAACACAGUGGAAGAGGAGGAAUGGACGGGAUUACUAUAUUCACCGGAGUUUGCAGAGGAUUUUGAGGUAUGUUAUAUUUGACAUGUUUGCAUGAAUUAUGCAGUCCAGGGGGCUGACGAGAUCAGUGGGCAUGAGCCCUUUACUAUUAUUAUCCUUGAAUCCCAGGACUGACACGUACUGCCGUUGUACCAUUGAGCAAGGCUUUUAACUCCAUAACCUGAACCAGGGGUGCUGCUCUGUGACAGUGUGUGUGUAUGUUGGAGAUCCAAUGAAAAAAUUUUUCUCUCCCAGGUUGACGUGCCAACUCCCAUUGGUGAGGCUGACAAGACUACAAAUUGCAAGGAGACCACAAUCAGUGUUAAAACUAUAGAGAUGAAACAAUGCUUUAUAUCUCUGGCAAAAUUACCUUCCUCACUCACUAAGUCUAACAAACAGGGGCCAAAUACAACCAAACAGGCAGCAAGUAGGCCUACAUACAGAGAGGCAGAAAGCAGGCCUACAGACAUUCAGGCCCUAAGUACAGAUGCCCAAAGUCUCAUUGGGGACUCUGUGCUAUCCACUAGACCCAGGAGGGAAAAGAAGAGAACAGAAGCACCCACGGUGGCAGAAUCAGACGGAAGUAAGGAGAACGCUGAUGAUGACCAAUGGGAGGAGGAGAAUGCUAAUGCCAGACAAACCUUGAGUGACGAAUCUCUUCACAACAGAAAGCAAAGGCCAAACAGGAAACAAAAUAAGACUACCAACACCAGGAAAGAGUACCUCUGUCCGGACUGCGGUAAGGUUUUUAAGAAAUUAUGUAAUUUUAAACAGCAUCAACAGACUCACACAGGACAGAGACCUUAUUGUUGUGAAUUAUGUGGGAAAUGUUUCCCGACUGCUUGGAAGCUCAGAAAUCACCAAUUAGUGGUCCACAGGGGAGAGAAGCCGCUAGAAUGCCCAAAAUGUGGGAAGUGCUUUGCAACAAAGAGUUAUUUGGACAAACAUGAAAGCGUUCAUUCAACAGAGAAACCGUUCCGAUGCCUCGUGUGUCAGAAGUGUUUUAAAAGUAAAAAUGGCCUCAAGGAACAUACAAUGUUGCACAAUUCUACUUCAAACUCAUAUGCUUGUGACAAAUGUCCAAAAACCUUUGUAAAGUUGAAAUACCUCAAGAAUCACCAGCUAACUCACAGUGGAGGAGGAGCUCACCGUUGUGAAUUGUGUGGAAAAGGUUUCAAGUCUCCUUCCGAACUCAAACAGCACCAAGCAUCAGUCCAUAGGGGAGAGAAGCCGUUCCAAUGUCCGACAUGUGGGAAGUGCUUCGCAAAAAAAGAAAAUUUGAAAAUUCACGCAAGUGUUCAUUCAGAAGAGAGAGCAUUCCAGUGCUCUCAGUGUCAGAUGUGUUUCAAAACCAAGUAUACGCUUAGCGACCAUAAGAAGACCCACACGGACUCCAAGCCAUAUGCUUGCGACAAAUGCCCAAUGACCUUCAUUCGGUCGAGGUACCUCAAGAUGCAUCAAGCCUCGCACCUGACCAGCAAGCCGUUA